AUGGAGUAUAAUAGAUAUGCAAAUAUUAGUGAUAAUCAAACAGAGUUGGUCCCAGUAGAAAAUAUUGAUAUCGAUAUUCAAAGCGUUGUAUUAGUAGAUGAAUUAGUGGGCGAAGAAAAGAAUGAAGAGAGCAUUGAGCAUAUCAUAGAUCCUGUAGAAUUUGUGAAGUCGGAAGUAGAUACGAGAUGGAUUUGCACGUCAAACAAUGAAACUGAGAAUAAUAACUCAAACUGUACGACAGAACACAACGUAACUGUUGAUGAAGAAGGCUUGAAUAGGCGUAUAAACAAAGAAGGCAUUAUACGUUACUUUGGAAACUAUAAUGAAGCUGGAAGAAUUACCACAAAUGAUGGGAAAUGUUAUUAUUUCAAUAGAGAAGAUAUAGUUGGUUAUUUUCGAUAUCAUAGAGCUCCACAAAAAGCUAAGUUUGUUAUUGAUGCUUCGCGACCAAAUUGGGCGAAGAAUAUAAAGAUAAUUGGAAAAAUAUAUGGUCAACGGUGCUAUUACUGUUUAACGUUUGGUCACUAUACAGAGGACUGUAUGCAGCUAAACAUAGACUCCUUUAAUUUUUACUAUCCUUACAUGUAA